AUGGAGCAUCUGGGGUCAUUCGUAAAACGAUGGUCGGUCGAUCUUCCUCCAAAGGCCGAGUACGACUUUGCUGAUUCUCUUGGAGGUGCAUGGUACAUCACACCAACGCACCAUGCCAUUGAAUUCCUAACACUGGCACCAUUGUAUACAAUCUUUACGCUUCUUUAUGCAAAGAAAGUACUAAGGUCUCCAGGUGCCUAUCAGCUUCUUACAUCCACUGAGCAACGUCCCGCUCGAUCCAUAUUAGAAACCUUGUUGUUUGUCAUGUUGAUUGCAUCGUUCACGAUUACCGUGAUACACAAAGCAGUCACUGGAACAUUACUGUUUCUCAUGCAGCCGUGUCAUGCGAGUGCCAUUCUCUUGAUCCUCGUGAUGGGCUGGCCUAAUCACAAGUAUCCGCUCAUCCCACGUCUCCUGUUUAACAUCUAUUUGCAUACGCUGUGGGGCACGAUCUUAGCCUUGAUUUGGCCAGAUUUGAGAGAUCAUGAGAUGCUUGGAGAGGUUUUUAAUUUCUUUAUGGAGCAUACUUUAAUCCUCGUCGUGCCGCUUUACAUGACGUUGACUCGUCGCUAUCCCGUUUUACCCGUAUCGCUUGAUAUGGCCCUUUUCAGCUUUUUCCUGUACGCGGCAUACCACAGCCCUGUUUUACAUAUUUCAUCGCUCUUGUCAGGGUACAAUCUCAACUAUGCAUUGGUGCCGCCUGCUUUGACGUUCCUCAUUGCUGCUGGUCCUUGGUAUCGGUUCAUUAUGUAUACCAGUGCCUUGUUGCUCAUGUUCAUUACCCGCUAUGGCAUUGUAGAGAACUUUUUGAUCCUUGUGCAACAGAUCCAGAUCAUGAUGCUAAGGAAAAAGAAGACGGCCUAA